GCCAAACUCUUCUGGUCUACCCCGCUGCAGCUUUCUUCAAAGGCACCUGUUGCUUCUCCAGCUCUUCUUCUGUCCGUGGCACCUACUGCAGAUUCAAGAUGUCCAUAAGAUACCAGAGCCAGACCAUCCAGUCCAAGCAGAGCCCUAGGAACUUCAGCAGCUUCAGUUAUGGCGGGCCUGCCAGGGGUUCCUCAAUAAGCACUGGCUUCGGUGCCAGCAGGCCAUCGGUCGUUAGAAGCAGCUAUGCCAGCUCUGUGUCGUCGGCACGGGGAAUGGGCGGGGGUGCAGGGUCUGGCGGGAGUGCCUACGGCUUUGUGUCCAGCGCCAGUAUGGGAGGUGGUCCAGGCUUUGGAGGUGGCUACGGGUUUGGAGGUGGUCCCGGCUUUGGAGGUCCCGCUUCGCUCCCCAUCUCUGCAGUGACGGUCAACCAGAGUCUGCUGGCACCUUUGAACCUGGAAAUCGACCCCAACAUCCAGGUGAUCCGAUCCCAGGAGAAGGAGCAGAUCAAGACCCUGAACAACCGCUUCGCCUCCUUCAUCGACAAGGUCCGCUUCCUGGAACAGCAGAAUAAGAUGCUGGAGACCAAAUGGAAUCUGCUGCAGGAGCAAGGUGGUGGUGCUGGUGGUGCAAGAUCCAACAUUGAACCCAUGUUUGAGGCCUACAUCGCCAACCUGCGCCGCCAGCUGGACUCCCUGGGACAGGACAAGAUAAGGCUGGAAGCCGACCUCCAGAACAUGCAGGGCCUGGUGGAAGACUUCAAGAACAAAUAUGAAGAUGAAAUCAACAAGCGUACUGAAUGUGAGAACGACUUUGUCCUCAUCAAGAAGGACGUGGAUGAAGCCUACAUGAACAAGAUCGAGCUCGAGGCCAAACUGGAGAGCCUUACGGAUGAAAUCAAUUUCCUGAGACAGCUCUACGAGGCGGAACUCCAUGAGUUGCAGAACCAAGUCAAAGACACUUCUGUGAUUGUGGAAAUGGACAACAGCCGAAACCUGGACCUGGACUCGAUUGUGGCGGAAGUGCGCGCUCAGUAUGAAGACAUUGCCAACCGCAGUCGGGCAGAGGCAGAGACCUGGUACAAGUCUAAGUUUGAUGAGAUGCAGGCUUCUGCCGGAAAAGCCGGUGACGAUCUUCGUGCGACCAAGACAGAGAUUUCAGAUCUGACCAGAAUGAUCCAGAGGCUCCAGGCUGAGAUCGAGGCCCUGAAAGGACAGAGAGCCAACCUGGAGAACCAAAUCGCAGAAGCGGAGGAACGUGGCGAGCUGGCAGUCAAAGAUGCCAAGGCCCGCAUUGCUGACCUGGAAGCCGCCCUACAAAAAGCCAAGCAGGACAUGGCCAAGCAAGUGCGUGAGUACCAGGACCUGAUGAACCUCAAGCUCGCUCUGGACAUCGAGAUCGCCACCUACAGAAAACUCCUGGAGGGAGAGGAGAGCAGGCUGGCUAGUGGAAUUCAGGCCAUCAGCAUCUCCAAACAGAGCUCCGCAGCUCCCUCCUAUGGCGGAUUCAGUCUUGAGAGUGCCACCCGCGGCUAUUCCGGUGGCAGUGGGUUCUCUGCCGGCAGUGGGUUCUCUGCCGGCAGCGGCAGCGGGUUGAUGGGCGGCAGCAGCUACGGCUACGCCCCUGGAUAUGGAAGCAGCGGAAGCGUGAGCUACAGCACCAGCAGUACCACCAGCAGCUCAAAGCCCAGGAAGAACGUCAUCCUUAAAGUGAUCGAGGCCCACGAUGGCAAGGUGAUAUCUGAGUCUUCACAAGUCCUCCACGAAUAAGCCACAUCUUCCGGGCAGCUUUGCUCCGCCAAUCUUGCAGCUAUGUUCUUCCACCUAUUGAAGAAAAAGAACUGGGGGGGGGAAAUUGGGGUGGCAUUUCUGAGGCACCCUUCUCUACGCUGACUUCUCCACACGGCCCUGAAUUUCUUUUCUUGACGCGAGUGCGAUGUUGCGGGUCACUUCUGGAUACGAGACUCUCCUGUUCUCUCGGCCACACUGUUCUUUCUAUUGUAAACACGCUAAGAAUGCCCCCACUUUGAUGAGACCCCCCCCCCCCCAUCGACCGACUCCCCCACCAACUUGUGAUAUGAUGUGUGCCUCCAGAGCCUCGACGCUCUUGGUUUGAUCUUUUAUUAAGGUGGGGUUUGGGGGGGGGGGGUGUUGCAUUGUCUUCCAUUUAUCCAAAACCAAUAAAUAAACUGGACCCACUGGAACGCC